ACUGUAUGUUUGCAAGUAGAAAGUGGACAAAAAAUUAUGCUGUUAUCUUGAAACCUCAUACAAGACAUGUGAGUGCAUUAAMCAAUGUCUGUAGAAUGGUUUAAUAAGUWCGAUAAAGUUUUGAAAAAAGUCUUGAACUAUUAGACAGCUGUCGUGUCGUCAUGGACGACGAUGGUAAACUACUAAACUUUCUAGAARAUGUCGAUUGAUCCAAAGAGAACCAUUCUCGACAAUAGAUUAGCUGCAAASAACAAGAGACAAAGCUAUGAACGAACUACACGUCGGUGGUCAGCUGAAUCAGGCACUACUGGUAGGAAACAAGUCCACUUACCUAGGCUGAAUACUCCUCCAGAAUGGCCUUUACAGCUCCAGCAUGACAAUGAUCUUAAGAGGGGUAAAUUAACUGUGGUCCCCCCUGUCAAGACAAGAGAAGCAUUUACAAGCAAAAGAUUGCCUUACAARACAAGUCAAAAAGAUGCAGUUAAUUCAUAUCCUCAAWUCAGCCAACAACAAAGUCUUGUUAAUGUAUUAUCUGGGGCUCCUGUGGUAUCAUAUGGUCAGCCUGUACAAAGCAGUGCUGUAAUAGCUCCCAAUAAUGCAAUUCCCUACUCCUACCCCUCUGGGGUAUUUCCCGUACCCGUUUAUGUUGGCUAUGCACCUGUUCUGCCACCAAUACAAAACCCUAUAGGGUACCCGAUGGGUAAUUAUGGUACAAUUGCAACUAAAAGGUUUUUAACAAAAGAUGAGGCAGCCACUUGUAUUCAAAAGUAUUUUAGGGGCUGGAAAGUCAGAAAGGAUUCUGCCAUUUGUCAGCUUCAGUUUCUUUCACAACCUUAUUCAGCAAAAGUCUUUAUUGAAGGCUUUAUCACAGAGAUUUUAGAAGAGGAACUAAUCCCAGAUGUUUUGAUAGAGGUUUUAUCACACAAGAAGUCUCUUUCUCCAUAUGACCCUCUGUACCCAUUAUCAAGCCAUAUUUGUUCUGAUAUUCUUGAAGAAGAUGUGUCUUUCUUUCUUGAUGUGAUUGCAGCAAGUGCUUUCUAUUCGCAAGACAAGUUAAUCAGUAUAAAAAGAACAGAUCCCCUUAUACAGCUCUGUGAAGAUCUUUCUAAUGAAAUAGUGAAUGAGAUGGCUGUAGCUACAGUACAGUCAACUAUUAAGUCACUUGUAAAUAGUCAUUUAACCUUCUCUAAAAGUGCUGAUUGGCUSGAMGAYUUUAUACUAGAAACYAUUCAGCCAAUGAUAAAACAAGUGGCUAUACGUUCACAUGCUGGCUACAAAUAUGAAGCAGUUCUUGAUGACAUAAUUGAUGAAGUUAUCAAUGAAUUGAUCCAGCCAGUCAUCAAUGAAGCCUGGAAAGAAGUUAUUGCCAGACACCGAGAUACACAAACAAUACAGGUGAAUUAUUAUCAUAACCAACAACUUACUGACAUCUUACCAACAAUUUAUGAGACACUAAACAUUGUUGUGUUUUUAGGGUUAAUUUGUGGUGUGCURCUACAGCAAUGCAUGAUGGUCCACAAUACAAGUCAUGAUACUGUCACUAAUGAACCGCURCAGAAAUACCACCAAGAAACUUUCGCAGAAAUGGCCUUGGAUGCAAUUCUUGAUGAUCUGUGUGCCAGUCUUGAUGAAGACAUGUUGGAUUUACAAGAGAAAGAAAAGCUCGAAGCUCGUCCGAUCGUUUUUUAAAUGAUUACCGAUCGCAACUGUUUGCAGUUUCACUUUAUAGUAUUUUAUAGGAAAAUACCCUCAUCACCGGAUGCAUUUCAGUACAGUUAUACAGAAUCCUUAGAGAUGACGUACUUAAUAGUAUUGAAUUAUACUAACUUUGGUUUCCAAUCAACAAUGUUUAGUAGAAAAUAGUACUAUAUGUUUCACGGAUCAUGAGAUUUGUUCCGAUUGAUGCUGUCGCGUUCAGUGUCUAGGUUGACAUAGUUUAUUUGAAUACUUAAAGAAUGUACAUAGUUUAUUUAUACAGGUGUAUUUUGUGCAAAAAUUAUUUAUACUCGACAAACAAUUGUUGUCACGAUUCGCGUCACAACCAAAAAAAAUAAUGUCAUUACUUGUUGUCACUGAUUCUGUGCUUUGACUUAAGUAGUUUGUUUCCAGUUUGUUUUUGUUUUUUUCUUGUGACAAGCUCAGUCGUUUCCAGAAACUAUUCAGAUUUCCGAAAAUAAGAAGUUUUGAUAGAAUCGUUACUCUUGAAUAGUGGUGAAACUGACUUUGAAACAGUAGUAUUCAGUGCUUAUAGUUUAUACGUAGUAUUCAUGCAUGUAUAACAAUGUUUUCUAUGGGCCUGA